GAUUAUUUUUUGACUCUAUGAUUUUUAUAUUUUUGUUUUAUAUGUAAUGUAAAAUAUUUGCGGAACUUUCCAAGGGGAACUAUCAUAUUAUUAUACAUAUUUAAAAAAAAAUGGCUGUAAAUGGAGAACGACGUGAACAAGACGACAUAAGAUCAUUAGUUUCAAAUUACUAUAGAUCUUUUAGAUCUCCCAGUUUUCAAACAGUUUGUCGGUAUUAUAUUCCGACUAGUGGAGUGGUUAGCUAUUUAGCUUUAUCUGUGAAUGUAAUGAAUCCCAAUUGGAUUUCUAGUGCAGCUUACAAACGUAGCACCACAGAUUUUCUUCUGUUUGGUGCCAUUGUGGGAUCUGGGACGUACCUCUACAACCGGCGUGUGUUGACCCAAGCACCAACUCUUAACCGUGUGUUGUACAGUGGCGUGGGGUCGGUCCUCUUCAGCUUCGGCUCGGUGCUGGCGUGGGCCAUCAUGCGCACGUACGUGUCGCGCAGCAACGCCCUCUGCACGGCCGUGGGCCUGGUGCUGGGCUCCUUCUUCCUGGGCACCUGCGGCCACUUCCUCGCCUUCGUGGACGCCAGGACGGCAUGCGACAACACGGAGGAUCACGCGGAGUGAGGUCUUCCUCCUGCUCUAGUCCCACCGCCGAUCGAAACUCGUUAAUGUCCAGACAGCCGAGGCAGCCCUGAGCUCAGGCCCGGCUGGUGUGAUUUUGUACGUGCCGAUGAUUUUACUGAGAUUUUAGAUGUGUAGUCAUGUGAGGAGCACCUAUUUAAAACCACUCCAGUCUUAUAAAUCUUUCUGUAUCAAUUUUUUGUAAUAUAUUUGACAUAACUGGAAUUA